UCUUUCUGGGCUUGAAUUCAGUGAAGCAACGGUCUAGGUACUUGGAAACAGCUGUGAAAAUGCAAUAACAAAAUUAGCAAGGUUAAUCUCAGUUUUGCAACACCGAACACAGACAGCAUCAUUAGGAUCACACCCUGCAGAUAAUUCUUUAUCUAAGAGUCUCAUGUUGCAAAAGGACGGACUGAUAAGCAGACCACAAGAAAUUAGAUUUUAAAUAGUUUCAAGCCCUCAUGUACAGCAGAAUAUAAAGUGCUCUCUGCCUGGAGAAGAUCAGGUGAACUGCGUAGAUUUAGCACUGAAAAACUUCGCGAUUGGCCGAUCUGAGGCAGCCUGUUUGCUUAAGGAUGUUCUACCGAAAAAAGUACCUGAACGCUUCGCUUUGUUUGCUGAUUGGACUCGCAGGAGCCUUCAAGGUUAAUACCAGCAUCCAUGCACUGGGAGUAUAUGGAUUGCCUGCAGUUUUUGGAUGUACAUAUUCUCCUACGACUGGUACAGCGCUGAACGAUCUGAUUAUCAAUUGGCAGAGGGUUAGAGACUCUGCAGUGGUACACAGCUUCUACAGUGGAAGAGACCAGCUGAGUCUACAGAGCCCUGACUACCAAGGUCGUACAAGUUUGUUCCACAGUGAGCUGCUGUCUGGAAAUGCUUCCUUGAGGCUGGAUAGGGUCAGCUUGAGCGAUGAAGGCCACUACUUUUGCUCUGUUAGUAGCAAUCAAGGGAGCAACAGGGCAGAGGUCAAGUUGAAUUUUACAGCUUUGUACACAGAGCCAAAGCUCUCUAUCCAGAUUCUCGGCAGGAAAGUUAACUUCUCAUACGAAAGUAGGGGGUACCCUCAGCCUGAAGUGCUGUGGACCGAUGCGAAGGGCCGUAAAAUCCCCAAUACUGAAGUGUCCUUCUCCCGAGUGGAGCACGGUUUGUUCAGCAUGCAUGCCUGUCUGACGGUGGAUUGCUGUCAUGAGCUGAACUACACCUUCACCUUGAAGAACCAGCCCCUGGGUCAAGUCAUACAGAGGAAUGUGGCCUUCAGAAAUGGUGCUGCUGAAUACCUUAAAGACUGCCCUUACCAGUACUGGAUUCGUAUAGCUUUUGCUAUCGUUCAUGGAGUCAUAGCUCCAUGUUAUGCCCUGUAGUGCUGCCCUCCUGUUCCUUCCCUGGAGUGCCUCAUCUCCCAGACCCUGGGGCUCCUUUACUUUAUCUCUCAUUCCUGCCCUCUUGUCAAACACUCCCAGCUGCCUCCUGUUUGCUCCCUCAUUAGUCUAAUUGUCUAAAACAUUAGUACUUGUUUUACCCUGUACAUAUAAUAAACAACCCAUCCUGUCUGCUUCCACAUUCUUCAUCCCUCUCCACAUGAUAUAGGGCUUAAUUUAAAUAAUAUCAGUAUGGAUUAAGCUCUAUUGAUUACUUAACAUUUUUAUCCAAAUUUUUUAGGCAACUUUCAAAUAUAUCUAAUGAAGGGCUGAUAAAGAUUCAUGAAGUUCUCCAUGGAAUACUUGAACGUGUUUUCAAUCUUUAAUAAUUUCACCUAGAGGGAUUCGGUAGCGCUUUGAACAAUCUGAGGAUGAAGUCUAUACAGUAUGUGUUUCCAUUGAAUAAAAGUGCCUGGUAUGACAGUAGGGUCUUAUUGGGUUGUGCUAAAUAUAAUAUGAAGAUAAUAAUAUAUAUUUAUUUUGGUUUACUAGUGUGUUUUCUGUCAUUAUGUACUUACAAUAAAUAUUUUGAUGGAUCAGGGACGGACUCAU